CUCCGCUCUAUGUUUUAUAUUCUAUGGGAGUUGGUCGAACGAUCGAAAAGCUUGGUCAGUUGUAGCGCCGACUCGGCUCGAAGUUGUGUAGUUUAAAGGCACACCACUGUACAAAAUAGACGCACGUUUUUUUCGUAUUAAGUAACGUAGAGACAGUACAUUUUGCGUAGAGACAACGCGAGAAAAUUCAUACGACAAUGCCGCGCCAAUCAACAUACUGGGGAAAAUUCGUAUUCGUAUAUAUUUUACAAUUAUUUUCAUAUGCAACUUCCUCGCAACUUCAUGUGCGACUGAUAGCACCGUACUACAUAACAUACGGGAGCACGGCUACUAUGCAUUGCAAUCAUACUGUCCCACAUGCUUUCUUGCAUGAAGUCAAGUUCAUGAAGGAUGACAAGAAGAUACUACAAUACAUAAAGGAUAGGAAACCGUCGUUCCUCGAAGGCGCGGUGGAAGGCGCAAACAUGCAGUACUUGGAAAAUGGCACGACAAUCAAAUUAAAGAACGUCCGUUUCGAGGCGUCCGGCUCGUAUUCCUGUCAAGUCUCGAUGACGACUCCUAUUUAUAGCGAGACUUCCGAAAGCGUUCAAAUGAAAGUUAUAGUACCACAGACUGAAAACCCGAAAAUCACGUUCAAGAAGAGCAUGUACGUGGUGGGCGAAAGUUUAGAGGCGAAUUGCACCUCCUCGGCUGCGCAUCCAGUUCCUCACUUGACUUGGUACAUAAACGACAAGGAGGUGGAUAUCAGUCUGGUAAACCACUAUCCGCACACGUACCACAAGGACCAACUGAUGUCCGCUACUGCGAAGCUAACCAUAGAGGUGUCCGCGUUGCACGCUGGGGAGAAUGGAUACUUGGAGAUCAGCUGCUCUUCAACUAUUCCUGAUUAUCCCUUGCACCACGUGAAAUACGCUGAUAUAAGAAAGGAAACGGUCUCGGUGCAAAUUAUACCCGCGCCGAUCGCCGAGUCCUCAGCACCGAAUGUCGCGUGGGGAUGGCCCCUAGCUACGUUACUGUGCAUACUCUGCGUGAUGCACAAGAUCAUUCCUUAAUAAAAGUCAAUUGCUUUAGGAUAAUUAAACGAAAGAAAAAAGAAAAAAAUUAAAGAAAGGUGAAGAAAAAAAAAACACAGGAAAAAAAGCGCAAAAAAAAGAUGUGUAAUAUACGUAAACGAAGUGUAAACACGAGUGGAGAAAAAGGGAGAACUUGUGGGAAGGGGGGAAUAUAUAUAUUAUAUACAUGCAUAUAUAUAUAAAUAUAUAUAUAUAUAUAUUAAAGAACGAACAAUCACAAUGUCUUCCUUGAUUAUAUCGAAAUACACGGGGGCAGCGAUUUUAUUGUCUUGCAGAAAUUUUAUAAACUCAUAUAGACGCGGCUUCUUCGUGCAACUAUUUUCGAUUGUCGCUUGUAUCGAUCGUUAUCUAUUUCGCGGAAAUAUUAUCGAAUCCCGGGAGUGAAUUCCGUUCGUUUCCUGGUUGUUUUGACUCGUUAAGAGUUCACGACCAUCGAAACGGCGAUAGACGAAAAUAAGUAAAAUGAAAAAGAAAAAAAAUAUGGGAAAAGAAAAAGAUAACGUAGUGAAUAGUAAUUCGCCGGUUAACAGUGAUUUUUUCUAAAAAGAAAAAGAUGAAAAAAAGAUAAGCACACAUACACACGGGCGCAUUUUUCUUCUUCCACUCCUCGUAACGUCGACAGCAAGAUUAAACCGUUUACCAUCGUUCGAGAUCUCUGUAUGUACAUAUUUGUUUUUGGUUCAAAAUCCUUUAACUAUGUUGAGACUAUAUCGAAUAGAAUAAUUUAUUCGCUCGUACGAAAUCGUCGAGGAGAAUUUAUUGUAUCCGCGAGAGUAUAUACGACGCACUGUUUUAUCUACAGUUUAGAAAACUAUCUACAUAUCGCUAUUUCAUGAUUAUUGCGACGCCCUCUCGAAGCGAUCCCGAGCAUUUCGAUGGGCAGAUCUGUUCGUUCGGUCGGUAUAUCAUAACGAUCGGAGACGGUGUAAUGAAUGUCAAUUCGUAAAUCGAAUUUCUUAUUCGAAAUUAAGAAGUGUAAUCGUAUAGUUAUCGUUUCAGAUGAACGUUGAAGUAUAAUCGUGUACAAUUUUUUGGAAGACAUAUAGCUGAUUUUAAUAUCUAUCGUUUAGUUUAACAUGUUCUGUGCAAGGGAAGAACGAGAGGAAGAGUGAUAGAGUUAAACAGAUAGAGAGGAAGAUAGAAAGACAGAGAGAGAGAGAAAGAAAGAAAGAAAGCAAGGGAACCAGUGUGAGUGGGAGAGAGAGAAAGAGCGUUAUAUCCAUAAUGGUAAGAGAUCUUUAGCAGGUGAUACUUUCGACGUAUCGUGCAACAUAUCGUAGCGUUAUAAUUACACGUAAAGAGUUAAUCUUUUCGAGCCUCACGGCUACUCGAUUGUCCUUGUUCUCGAGAGCCGCGCGAUAAUAGUCGCGGCACAAUGCCGAUACAAUGGAGACGGUGACGAACGCGACCCAGCUCGGGCCACUAUACAGAGUGAGUCGCCCGAAACGGAAUUUAACUUGAAUAAAGAAGUUUCAUGGAUUCGAUGGACAAUGCGUGGGACUGAUUUAAAUGGUUUCGAGGGAAUUCGAAAUUUCACACCGAAUCGACGAGAUCUAAAUUUUGCCUGUGAGAAAAAAUAUUUGCUAUUUAUU